UGGAAGCAACAUAUUCCAACAUGUAUAAGUUCGUAGCAGUUUGUGCUCUCCUCGCCGCCGCGGCUGCAUCUCCGGACCUGCUGAUCAGAUCUCCAGUGGCCUACUCCACUGGCAUCGCACCCGCCUUGACUACAUACAGCACGGCCAGCGGCUACAUCAACCAAGCGCCCAUCGUGUACUCCUCCCCCGUGGCGUACUCCAACUACGGCUACACGCACCUCAUCAAGAAGCGCUCUCCCGGCUUCCUCAGCACGCCCGUGACGUACUCCAGCUUCGGCACUCCCUUGGCGACCACCUACUCCGCGCCGUUCGCCUACAACACCGCGCCGCUCGCCACCUACAGCUAUGGUUCGCCAAUCGUGCACUCCGCGCCCGUCUACUCCACCGCUCACUUGAUCAAGAAGCGCUCCGCUCCCCUGAUCGCCGCGUCCGCCUCCUACAUCGCCCCGGCCGCCUACUCUACUCCUCUCGUGUCCACCUACUCUAGCUACCCUGCCUACUCUAGCUACCCCGCUGCCGCAGCCUUUGUCUCAUCUCCCUACAUCUCGUCCGGACCUUACGCUUACACUCAAUUCAUCAAAAAAUGAACGCAUUCCAUUAACAACGGAACAUCAUAAACAAAAAGUCACAAGAAAUUAGAUUUUUGAGACCUUUGUUUUUGUAAAAAUAAUGUAAAUAAAAUUUUACAUAAA